CUUGCGCAGGCUGGAUCAGGCAGGGCUAGAGCUGGGGUACUGCCAUGGCCCGGCGGGUUCCUCCCUGUGGGGGGGGGGGGUCUUGGCCGCUCUUACCUGGGGUGGAGCGGGAUUUGCAGUCUGGAGUUGUGCUUUGGCCUCAUUCCUCCCUCCUGCGACAGCCCACGGUGGUGGUGGAGCGGUGGUGGCAGGUGCCACUGAGCAAAGAGGGGUGUAAGCCCCGCUUGCACCCCAGGAGGCACCGCAUCUACAGGCUGGUGGAAGACACCAAGCACCUGCCCAAGAAGGACUUGGAGCUGAUCCUCACUCAGUCAGUGGAGAAUUUGGGAAGCCGAGGAGACGUGGUCUUCGUUAAGAAGUCUGUGGGUCGCAACAAACUCCUCCCUCAAGGGCUUGCCGUUUAUGCGUCACCAGAGAACAGGAAAAUGUUUGAGGAGGAAAAAAAGUUGCGCCAAGAAGGGAAGUUGGAGGCAAUCCAAACCCAGAGUGGUGAAAAGACUGUCAAGUUCCUCAAGAGCUGCCGCCUGGAGGUGGGCAUGAAGAACAAUGUGAAAUGGGAGCUGAAUAAUGAAAUUGUGGCCCGCCACUUCCUCAAAAACCUGCGGGUCUUUGUGCCUCCCCACGUGCUAAAGCUGCCGGAUGAGCCCAUCACAAGGUGGGGCGAAUACUGGUGCGACGUGACGGUGAACGGGCUGGAGACUGUCCGCGUUCCCAUGUCUGUGGUGCAGUUCAUGCGGCCCAAGACGAAACGUUACAGGCACUGGCUGGCCCUCCAGGAAGCCCAGCUGGCAGCCAGGAAGAAAGAGUUCCUCUGAGUGCCCAGGGACACUGUUCUGCACGUGGGGGCCUCGGCACAGCCCCAUCCAGCUUGCUAAAGAGCCCGGCACCUUCGUUGGCAUGGCGCUCUUCAUUUCCCCACCAGCAGUUGGAUCUCCAGUGUGCUCAGCACCUCCUUUCAUACUGGUAGGCACCGGAGGAAGGGUCUAUUCCCCCAUAUUGGACUGGGACUCCCUGCCCUUCUCUCUGAGGAGCUGUCUGGGCCAACGGAUAGUCCUAAACCACCUGUUUCUGUGUGCACUGGGGGCUGUGGACACCUCAUUGUGGCUAAUAAACGGCUCAGUGUGGUUCGGA